UAAUUUCAAAAGCCAAUGAAUGAGCUUCAACCUUGAGAAGAAAUGAGAGCAUAAACCCUUGAAGGUCUUGUCCAGUUUUGGGUUUCUGCCAGGAUGCUUGUCAAAGCUCGAGCUAUAUUAUUCAACUUUGAGGGUAAUGGGUUUCUCUUUCGAUACUCAACGGCUGUGGCAACUGUGCCGACCCAUUUCACAGAGAAGUACCUCAUCAACUCACUCGGAUUCUCCAAACAAGAAGCUAUUUCAGCAUCCGCAAAGGUAACACGCACUAAUUCCUCCAAGAAUCCAGCUUUAUGCGUCAAUUUCUUGAAACAAACAGGUUUUAACGACACCCAAAUCAAAAUCUUGGUUUUCAAGUUCCCAGACUUGCUAUUCUAUGAUGUUGAAAAAACCCUUAAACCCAAAUUACACUGUCUUUCUGAAAUAGGAUUAUCUGGUCCCGAGUUAGUUAAAGUCCUAUUCAGAGAUUGGGCAUUUUUUCAGAGAGGAUUAGAUAACAGUAUAAAACCCCUUUUAAGUUCACUUAAAAAGGUGUUGGAUAGUGAUGAAAAUGUGGUUAGGGUUGUAAAGAGAUGUUCUUGGUUGAUUAGUUACUAUAAAGGUGGAACUAUGGAAGCCAAUCUGAAUUUGUUGAGAUCAUUUGGCUGUUCAAAUGAUAAGAUCAAGCAUAUUGUGCUUAGAAAUCCUAGCAUUCUUAAACAUAGUACUAAGAAGCUUGAGGAAUUGCUGCAUAGGGUGGAAAAAGAAGUUGGCGUUUCCCCUGACUCAGCAGUGUUUCUCCACAUCGUUAGUGUGCUUGCUAACUUGAGUCAAGAGAAAGUAGACACUAAAGUUGGAGUCUUCAAGAGUUUUGGGUGGUCGGACACCAAUAUUCUCACCAUGUUGCAAAAGCUACCUUACUGUGUAGCCCUAUCAGAGGCACGAAUUGAAACUGCAUUGACAUUUUUGAUGAAAGAAGUCCGAUUCAAGUCUAUUUACAUAGCUUCUCGCCCUUCGCUUUUAACAUACAGUUUGGAGAAGAGACUAAUGCCCAGUGCAAGGAGGUCCCAAGUUGAAGCAGUGUCUGCAAAUGAACCUUUUUUCCCAUUUGAAGCUGAAUGUGUGAAACUCAAUCCACAUUGGGAUGGCUCUUCUCAUUCUGGCCAGAGUAUACUCCGUCCGUUCCAUAUUAGUUGUCCACUUUUUCUUUACCUGCCUUUCAAAAAAUCAAUGUUAUAAAUUUCAAAUAAUAUA